AUGGAUCCCUUGAGUAUCACAGCCAGCCUGAUAGCAGUUAUCCAAAUCACGACAGUCGUGAGCAGCCAUUGCAUGCAAUAUGUGCGAUCAGCAAAAAAUACAAAGUCACUUAUUCUCAGCCUUGUCCAAGAACUAGGAGGACUUCAAAUUGUCCUCACAACUUUGAGAGACCUUACCGACCGUGAUUACUGUGAGCCCGGCGAUACUGAUGCCGAAUCAAUCGACAAGACCUACUUGCUGCCUACUUUACGAAAAUUGGUUGAACUGGAGUACGUUUUCAAAGAAUGUCUCGAAAAACUCGAGGGGUUGAAGCAAGAGAUCGCACCUAAGAGCGAGCAACACCUCUCCAAAAGAGAAGCUUUCUUCCGGGCAUUGAACUGGCCGAUCAAAGAAGCCUACACAAAAAAUAUCAUGCGGGAUAUUUCUGAAUACAUCUCCUUAUUUAGUUUGGCUUUGACACUGGAUGAGACAACCAAUGUGUUGGAGAUUCGCGAGAAGACAUUCGAGACCAACUCGAUUGUGAAGAGUCUUCAUGCACAACGAGGUGAUGAGAUAAAGAGACAACACGGAAGCGAAAUUGUACAGUGGCUAUCAGCCCCUGAUACCUCGGUUGAUUAUACGCAUGCCUUGAAAAGGAAAACCCUAAAUACAGGAACCUGGUUGAUUGAAGAACAUCAAUAUAAGGAAUGGAAGCUGCAUCCGGGCUCGCUAUUGUGCAUUUACGGGACCGCAGGAAGUGGAAAAACGAUAUUAUCAGCAACAAUCGUAGAAGAUGUAUUGAGCUACAGUGCCUCGAAUAUGAAUCUCGCCGCAGCUUAUUUCUAUUUCAAGGCAGAUGAUAUUGCGAAGAGAACAUCUGAAGGCAUGUUGCGUUCUUUGCUAAAACAACUGUUUGACCGCGGAAACCGAAGUUCCGAAGCUGUGAUGAGAUUGUUUGAAGAAAAGAAUCAACAAACGCCAGUCAGUCAGCUCUUAUCUACAUUUGUCGACAUUACUUUUGAAUUCAAAAAUGUUUUUAUUGUCUUGGAUGCACUGGAUGAAUGUCAGGAUCUUGGUGAUUUAUUCGACAUGAUUGAGGAAAUCAACGAGCGGGCCGGAACCAAUGUUCAUAUUCUCUUCACAAGUCGUGACACCAAAGAUAUCAAAGAAUUCGCCGACGGUAUGGAAUCCAAGACCAGUUCAAUUAAACUGUCAGCCUCGGUUGUUAAACAAGAUAUCCGGACCUAUAUUCGCGACAGAUUGCGCACAGACAGGGCCCUUAAGCGGUGGCGCAGCCACCCGAAAGUUCAAGGGCAGAUUGAAGACUCUUUGAUUGAGAAGUCUGACGGAAUGUUCCAAUGGGUAAUGUGUCAGCUAGAGGAAUUGACAAAUUGCCGCGGACCUGCUGAUUUACGACAAGCACUUGCGAGAAUGCCCAAGGGGCUUAACGACACUUAUGCUCAUAUUAUAAGUCGAAUAUCAGAUGACAAUCAUGAAGUUGCUAUGCGAAUGCUGUAUUGGCUACUCUUCAGUGUCCGCCCCUUGCACAUUGAAGAGCUAGCUGAGCUAGCCGUCAUGGAUCUGAAUGCAGAACCUUUUGAUGAGCUCGAGCGCUUUUGGGAGCCGGAAGAAGUUCUUGCUAUUUGCCCUGGGCUUCUAACGACAGUCGAAGAGGGCAGCGAUGGAAGCGGAAAAGAACCCAAAACACUUGUGAGGCUUGCUCACAUAUCAAUUCGCGAAUACCUUUUAUCAGACAGCAUCUUAAAAGGUGAAGUUGCUCGAUUCCAUGUUGAUGAGCCCGCUGCGCACACCUCGAUAACAGAAUGCUGUCUCAUGUAUAUGCGCUUAACCAAGAGCGAUUUCCCAGAUGCCGUUGAUGACCUUCCCUUGGCUCUAUAUGCUGGACAAAAUUGGACUUACCAUUACGAAAUGGUCCCGGAAACAGCCAUCAAAACUCAUCACUUAGUCUUGGACUUUUUCCAGGAUAGGAAAGAAAUUUACUCCAAAUGGAUUACAUAUAUCUCAUCGCUAAACCCACCACGGCUCAACCCCAACUUGGUAACCUCCGCUGGACUUUCACCUCUGGAGGUGGCGAGCGCAUAUGGCUUCCCAGAAACACUUAAAUUGAUGUUUGACAGCGAAAAGAUUGACACGAAGAGUACAUUAGCGCUCCAGGGUGCACUGCGUGCUGCCUACAGAGGAACAACGCCUCCAAGGGAGGAUGUGAGGACGAGAACAGUCAGGCAACUAUUACAAUAUGGUGCCAACUUCACCGGGGACGGAAAAUUUGCAUCCACAUUGCAUGCGGCAAGUUAUUACGGCUUUGAUGAAAUUGUUAGCAAAGAACUGGAUGAUGGGAUUGAUGUGAAUCGUCAAGGUGGAGAAUUCGGGACUGCAUUAAGAGCUGCAAUUGCUGGGAGGUACGGAUGCAACUUUCACAAAGUCAUGAGCACCAUGAGUUCUAGUCCAGACAGAGUGGCUAGUUUUGAUGGGAUCAGUCUCAAAGCUGUUCAAGUCUUGCUUGAACGAGGUGCUGAUCCAAAUAUUCAUGGAGAACGAAAUGGAUCCGCCUUGUCCGAAUCAUGUUCGAAUGGCGACUUGCUAGGCGUGAGACUUCUUCUCAAUUACGGCGCUGAUCCAAAUUUCGUGCAAAAGGACGACAAAAAGCCGCAUAUAAGUUGUCUCUCGGCAGCAGCGGCUAGUGGCAAUAUCCAAAUGGUACAGUUGAUUUGUGACAAUGGAGGUCGUGUAGAUUGCUCGAUGGCAUUGAACGCUGCAGCCUCUAGGGGGCGUAUUGAUAUGGUGCGCUUCCUCCUGGAGAAAGGGGCCAAUCCAAACACUGCAGAUCGUCUUAGAGACGAAACCUUGCUGCAGCAUGCCUGCAGUCUCUAUCAGCCCGAAAUAGUGAAGCUCCUCCUACAGCAUGGUGUGAACCCUGAUGAAGGUGGUGGUCGUUUUGGAUCCCCCCUUCAAUGCACUUGUGCAGCCUAUGGAUCUGUAGAAACCCUCAAGUUACUGGUCUCGUACGGUGCGGACGUGAAUCAAUUUUGCGGUGCAUUCGGUACUGCUUUGCAUGCAGCAGCCUUCUACGGCGAUCUUGAAAUGGUUGAAUAUCUUGUUUCCCAGGGAGCAGACAUCCAUGCCAAAGGGUGCAUGUAUACUUCGGUAGUCCGAUGUGCGAUGCAAAACGGGCAUGGGAGUAUACUCUCUUUCCUUCUAAAAUUGGGCGCCGAUAUGGAUACAGAUGGAGGACGUUACGGAGAAACGCUACAGAAAACUUUAGCUACUGCACCGGCUGAUGAGACAGAGUUGUGGUUCCGAACUUUUGCAAAAGAUGAUUUGCUACAAUUGGUCACCAUGACGAAGAAGGGAAACACAUGGCAAGAUUUUGAAAAUAUUGAGCUUGACGACAGGAGCGCGAACGGAGUACAUAUAGAUGACUCUAAAUGGGCUUGCAUCUUACCUCUUGCGGUCAAGACUCCCGCUGGAUGA